AUGUCAAAAUUAAAAGAAUUAAAUAAACAAGCAACAUUUGCAUGGUGUCCAGUUGUAGGGCAAUCAUCAUUGAUGGCUGUCGGUACUGUAUCUGGUACGAUUGGUCUAGAUUUUGAUACUAGUUCAAAAUUGGAAAUAUACUCUUUAGACAUUACCAAUCCAUCGAAUCAAAUGGUAUUAAAGGGUUCAACAACUUCAGCAAAUAGAUUCAACAAGAUUGUUUGGUUACCAACCAAUACAGAUCAAGGUAGUGGAAUCAUUGUUGGUGGUUUGGAGAAUGGAUCAAUUGGCAUUUGGAAUCCAAGUUUAAUAAAUGAUAAUGAAGAAAAUGCCAAUUCAAUGAUUGGUAGCGCACAAAAACAUACUGGUGCUGUUCAAGCGUUGGACUUUAAUCCACAACAACCAAACUUGAUUGCAUCAGGUGGGCCAGAUUCAGAGAUUUUCGUUUGGGAUUUAAACAACCCUGCUUCACCAUCUGCCUAUACACCAGGAACUAAACCACCUCAAUCAUCAGACUGUACAAGUAUUUCAUGGAACAAAAAAGUUCAACAUAUUAUAGCAUCAUCAUUUUAUAAUGGAAUUACAUCAGUAUGGGAUUUAAAAGCAAAGAAAUCGAUUAUUCAAUUUAGUGAUCGUACACGCAGAUGCAAGACACGUUCUAUUUUGUGGAAUCCAACAGAAUCGACACAAUUGGUGACUGCAUCGGAAGACGACGAUUUCCCAGUCAUCCAAACAUGGGAUUUGCGUAAUGCAUUAGCACCACUUCGCACACUCGAAGGUCACCGUCGUGGUAUUUGGGGUUUGUCAUGGUGUCCAACCGACGCAUCACUUCUUUUGUCUUGCGGCAAGGAUAACCGUACAUUGUGUUGGAAUGUCGAUCGUGGCGAGGUACUCUGCGAGAUUGAGGCCAGUUCCGAUCCAAACCAAUGGAAUUUCGACGUGCAAUGGUCUCCACGUAUCCCAGCAUUGCUCGCAACCAGCUCCUUUGGCGGCUCAAUCUCGACCUACUCGUUGCAAGACGUCAACCCACGUAUCACUGCACCCACCGUCAACGCAUUGGGUGUCGUCGAACCAAGCAGCCAGCCACAACCAAGCGCCAACAGCUUGCGUCAUCCCCCAUCAUGGUUGAUGCGUCCAGUCGGUGCAUCUUUUGGUUUUGGCGGACGUUUGGCCGUAUUUGGACGUAAAAAGGCUCCUGCUACCAGCCCAUCUCCACCAGCCGGUCUCCAAGCACAACAAAUCCAAGCACAGCAACACCAACAGAUGGUGCAACAACAACGUGUCGUCAAGGUUGUCAAGGUCGUCUCGGACGCAGAGUUGUUGGACCGUUCCAGCCUGCUCGAGAGUGUCUUGCAAGACGGCAAGUUUGACGAGUUUUGUGAGCAAAAGAUCCAAGGCUCUUCGUCUGACGAGGACAAGGCUAUCUGGGGUUUCCUCAGAGUGUCAUUUGACCAAAAUGGCAAGAAGAACAUCCUCAACUACUUGGGAUUCGAUGUUGAGUCGACCAAGACUGAACUCGCCCGUUUCCUCCAAACGUUGCCAGAAUUGAAAAAGUCUACACCAACCGACAAUAACGCCGCCGUCGUCCAGAAUGGCACUAGCAGCGCCCCACAAGAGGGAGGAGAUGUCUCUAAUUUGUUGUCCAACUCGACCGAAGAGUUCCCCAUCAAGGCAGCUGCUCCUGUCAAGCCCAUCCAGUUCCCAGGCGACGGUGAUGAGAAUAUGAUCACCAAGGCAUUGUUGAUUGGUGACUAUGCUACUGCAGUAGACUGCUGUUUGCGUCUAGGACGUAUGGCCGACGCCUUGGUAUUGGCUAGUUGUGGUGGACAAGAGUUGUGGAAGAGUACUAUGCGUGCCUACUUUGACGCUAACGCCGACAAGUCGUUUGCACGUGUUGUUGCAUGUAUUGCCCGUGACGAUCUCGCCACUCUUGUGCAAUCGUGUGAUCUUGCCGACUGGAAGUCUACUCUGGCCGUUCUCUGCACCUAUGCCUCUGCCACCACCUUUAAGCAGUUGUCUGGCCAACUCGGAGACCGUUUGUGCACCGAACUCAACGACACUCGUUCGGCUACACUCUGCUAUAUUUGUGCUGGCGAUAUUGACAAGACUGUCGAUAUUUGGACCGACGAUGCUCACGAGUCAAAGAACCCAUCACCACAAGAACUCGUCAACCUCAUUGAAAAGGUUUCAGUGUUGCGUAGCUCACACCACGCCCAAGCACUCCGUCCAAGCGAGUUGCUCGCCCACAAGUAUUCGCGUUACGCUGAAUUACUCGCCGCACAAGGUAACCUCACCAGCUCACUCCGUUACCUCUCGUUGCUCAACAAUCAAGACCCCGCAUCACUCGUCUUGCUCGACCGUGUCUACCGUGCCACUCCAUACACCCAAGGUGUUGCUCCACCCCCAUUCCCAUUCCAACCAGUCGAAGUUUAUGCUGCCGGUGUUAAACCACAACAACAACAACAACAACCACAUCGUCAACAACCACCAAUUGGAGCAUUUGGUAGUACUGCUGGUAUGCCAAUUGGAAAUACUGGAUUCCCACCGAUGGGACAUAAUAUCCAACAACAACAACAACCACCAAUCUCCUCACAUAGCAUCGUUCCACCACAACCAAUAAUGGGACAUAACAUCCAACCACCAGUUGUGUCACAUAAUAUCCAACCACCACAAUCGAUCCCAUCACACAACAUUCAACCACCAAUGGGUCACUCUAUUCAACCACCACCACAACAACACCACCACAAUGUACUACCACCCGUCAACCCAGUCAACACCAACUAUAGUAAUAUUCCACCAGUGACUCACAGUGUCUCUCAUCCAUCACCUGUUAUCACCUCGUCCACGUUACCAUUCUCUCCAAGUCACUCACAACCACCUCAAUUUACCGCAUCCAACCCAAUCAACCAACCAUUUACCAACAUCAAUCCAGUUGCACCACACACAUUUACCAGCGCCAAUCCAGUAGCACCAGCCCCUGCACCAAUUGGCCCACCACCCAUCUCAUCUUCAAACGUUAAUCACCGUGACAAUGCCACCUCACCCUCUGCAGGCUUUGCCACCCCACCAAGAGCCAACGUACACAACCCAGGUCACGCUCAUUCAAGUGCCAACGUUUCCGAGGAAACCAAGCAAGAAGUUGCCAAGAUUAUCGAACUCUUAUCCAAUGGCUUGUCAUCGAUGAAGGCUCGUGGAGUCAACCAACAAAAGAUUGAAGAUGUUGACUCUCGUCUCCAAUUGCUCAUUGCCAAACUCAACCGUUUCGAUCUUUCACAAGUCGCCGUUCAAGCUCUCAGCGGUGUUGCCAAGAGUAUCUCUGAAAAUGAAUACAAAUCGGCAAGUGAUAAAUACAUUCAAAUCACUUCCACCCCAAUUUGGAAUGAAGUUGGUUCAAAACAAAUGGUUGGUUUGAAACGUAUCAUCGAUUUGGGUUUGAAACCAUAA